AUGACAACGGUUCUACCUCCGGCAGGGUUCAGGGGAGAAAAUGGCUAUUCACUAGACGUCCAGAAUGUGAGCGGUUCUCAUGGACCACUGGAAGAAACGCUCUCAAUUGAUCGUCGCUCUCACCGUCUCACGGACGACGCAAUCCAAGUACCAGGUCGCUGGCUCACGGUCUCGCCAUAUUUGGAGCGCGAUCAUCAACUGGAUCUUGAGAGUAUCGACACGCCCAACCGGUUGCUGGCUCUGGCCUUGAGACAGCUUCAACCAGCCACCACAGAGUACGCAAAAGUGAGAUAUGACGAAGCCUUGGACUGGAGGAAUAUCAUGUCAACCCUGAGAAUUUUGGUAGCCACCGAGGGCUAUAGAUGGACACGACACAGUUUCUAUGUCGUCGAAUUCAGAUCCAAGUUGAAGCAGAAUGUCGACGUGGACCUCUUGUUCAAGCUCGAUAAAGAAUCCCAUGUUGAGGCUACCAAAAGUGGCGGCUUGCUGAAGUAUUGGUAUGGUACGCCUGAUACAGAGAGAAGAAAUCUUGCAACAUGCCUUUGGCGAAGCAGGGACGAUGCAAUCAAUGGCGGUCUGGGGCCAUGGCACAAGCAGGCCCGUGCUGCAAUUGUGCAGAUGUACGAAGAAAUUGAUGUGAAGGGGCUCCGCCUCACUAUUGACGACGACGUGAGUAGUUGGAGUUUCGGCCCCUACAGUGAAUCUCGAUCAGAGCAUUCAGGGGGUGCUCAGUCGUGA